CUUGGUCGUUUUCGUCUGCUAGCAGCUGGAGUGGGGGGCGUUGUCAGCUGUCAUCGGGCUCUCUCCAGCCAGUUUUGUCUGAAAAGACGCUUUGAGUCGACCGACAAAGACAAAAUGGUGUGGGAGGCGCCGAAUUCUCGUAUCGGGGAUUACCCUGCAGAGUACAAUCAGAAGGUCCAUGGGCCGUAUGACCCUGCUCGCUACUAUGGACCGCGAGAUACGCCUCUUGGAGAGGUGAAGUUGGGAGAGCUGCAGAAGUGGCUGGGCCGUCGCAACUUCCAUCCUCGUGCUAUGGUGCAGUGUGCCAGCCGAGCCACAUGGCGAUGGAGGCACAAGUAUGUCUUCCCAGUGCGGAGCAAUGCUGCUUUUCUGUAUCAGUUCAUUUUCUGCACAUCCAUUUUCUAUUACACGAUCAACUACAAGAAGUUCUGGGAUCAUGCUCACUACAAAUACCACUAAUUAAAAUAUCCAAAAUUAAGAUUGGUACUCAUCACUGUAAUUUUUGAGAGUACCUAGGGGACACCUUUUGUCCACUUUUUAGAGUUCUUCACCC